AUGCGGCAGCAAACCUUCAGUCUUCUCUCUGUCUUCUCUUCUGUUCUUCUUUCGAUGGGUGUCGGAGGGCUGGCUUCCAUCGUGUUUGGAUUGAUUGUUGAUGCCUUCGGUGGCGCUAGCUUCAAUGCGAUCAAUACAAUUGCAUUUAGUAUCGCCGGUGCCGGUGGCGACGAUGAUACACUCAUGUCCACCGCCGCCCGCUUUCCUGCUCAGGCGAUUGGUGCAGCUGGUGGUGUGAUGUCUCUUUUGGAGUUGAUGUCAUUAUAGUACAAACGUCUGCUAUAAGGACCUACUCUAAAAGUAGAUUUGCAUACUGGAGCCAUUGCUGAGGGAGUUUUGACUUUCGUUAUCACUUUUGUUGUUCUCUUGAUCAUCAUCAAGGGUCCUAACAGCUUGUUCUUGAAGAAUUCGAUGUUUUCCAUGGCAACCAUGGUGGUGAUUCUUGUUGGUUCAAGCUACACAGGUCCUUCAAUGAAUCUUGCAAAUGUAAGCAUUACAAAACUCUUUCAGUUUAUAGUUAACAGAGUUCCUUGA